AUGUCUGCUGUGGACGUGUCCAAUGUCGAGCUAGUAGUUGCCGCAGCCACUGCACAGAGCACAGCCCAGCCACUGCCAGCAGCAGAAGGCACUAUGGAGGUAGACAGCACAGCUAGCAGCUCAGCAGCCGCAGCGCCAUUGCAGGCUGAAACACCCAGUGCACCACGCGGAGCGGCGCCCGACCGACACGUGUCGCCGCGGUUCAAAUGCGUGUACCCGCCCAGCGAGAAGACGCAGAGCCUGAUAGUUGAGCACUUUGGAUUCCUACCAGUCUCGUUCAUCGACGAGAUAAUCAACGCAGCGAACGAGACGAUAUACCGGGCAACCGAUGCGCUGUGCAAGUUUGUGGAGACCGAGCAGGGCAGCGGCGAGGCAACCAGCCAGGCGAUCAACAAAGCCGAGACGAUGCUGGAGCACGCGGUCGACAAGAACUUUGACAAGUUCGAGCUCUACGCGCUGCGCAACCUGUUCAAUAUCCCAGCCGGCCUUGAGCACCACGUUGUGCUACCGCACCACACACAGGAUACGCCCGACGAGUACACAGACGAAGCGCUGCUGGACAAGGAGCUGGGGGACGUGCGGCGACAGAUUGUGGCCAACAAUAUGAUGCGGGCAAGGCUGGCGCGCGAUACGGCGCUGGUCGAGAAGCGGGUGGUCAAGCUGAGAUCGCUUAACGAGCAGAUCCAUAUUGGCGAGAUUGCGAACCGAGAGCUGAAGGGCGAGGGUCCAGAGAGCGUGGCUGCGGUGCGCGAGAAGGUUGACCAGCUCAGACAGAUCCUCGAGCAGCUGGAUCUGGAUGUGCUGAGCAAGAUGGACGCCAUCAAUGAGCCAGCCGGUCGCGAUGUGUACCUAGCAAAGCUUACAGACAUGCAGGUCUCGCGCUGGGAGCAGGGGCAGCAGGAGCAGGAGGCGUAGAAGAGAGUAUCAAUAAACGGUGAAAUUUGAGUGCAGGUGUUUGAUGCCGUGGCUGGCUGACCUGAGCAAGCGAAGCGUGUUGAUGUUUUUUCUUUCUAUUUGAAACACACCUUGACUUUGGCACCAACAGUGUUCAUUCCUGCUUCAGCACAAUUUCAGCACAGUCUUUCGCGAUAUGGAGCAAAUCCGCUACGUAAAGAUACCGACAGUAGAGACACGCACCGAGCCUGACACGCAUGUCGAGUACGCAUUGCAGGUGCAAGGCCCGGUGCGCUCGUGGACAGU